CCGGCGUGGGAGGGACGGUAUAUAACGUGUUGGUUACAUGGACAAGCACACAACCAGUCUUCGGCGUGGAACGGAGACUCGCAGCAACAUGAAGUUCUUGGUUGUUCUAGUGGCAUCAUUGGCCGUGGUGGCCUUUGCCAGCGAGGAGAAAGGCGCACCAAAACAAGCGGCAGCCGAAGAUAAGAAGCAAGAGAAGCGCGGCAUCUACGACCUCGGCUCCUACGGCAGCAGCGGUGGCGGUUACGGCGGAGAUGAGGGACACAGCUUCGGAGGCGACGGAGGCAGCUAUGGUGGUAGCUACGGCCAGGAAGGCGGCAGCAUCGGAGGCCACGAGGGCCUGAGCUACGGAGGCGGAGAUUAUGGUGGCUCUUCCGAUUGGAAACCCAUCGGCGGCGGCGGCGGCAGCGGCGGCGGUGGCGACUACGGACACCAUGAGCACGUCAAAACCGUUGAGGUCAUCAAAAAGGUCCCCGUGCCCUACACCGUGGAGAAGCACGUACCCUACACCGUUGAGAAGAAAGUGCCCUACGAAGUCAAGGUCCCCGUACCUCAACCCUACACCGUCGAAAAGAGGGUCCCUGUCAAUGUCAAGGAGUACGUCAAAUACCCCGUCUACGUGCCCGAACCUUACACUGUGGAAAAGAAGGUCCCUUACGAAGUCAAGGUCCCCGUCGACAAGCCUUUCGAAGUCAAAGUGAAAGUGCCCACUCCUUACACUGUCGAGAAGAAAGUGCCUUAUGAAGUCAAGGUCCCCGUGCCCCAGCCCUACACCGUCGAGAAGAAAGUGCCUUAUGAAGUCAAGUACGAGGUCAAAGUACCCCAGCCUUAUGAAGUCAUCAAGAAAGUACCUUAUGAAGUGAAAGUCCCGGUCGACAAGCCUUACAACGUGUACGUGCCCAAGCCUUACCCAGUACCCGUCGAGAAGCCUUACCCAGUGACCGUGCAUAAGCCAGUGCCUUAUGAAGUCAAGGUCCCAGUCGACAGGCCCUACAAGGUCGAAGUUGAGAAACCUUACCCAGUCCACAUCAAGGUGCCCGUGCCCAAGCCUUACGAUGUGUACAAGAAGAUCCCUUACACCGUUGAGAAGAAGGUGCCUUAUGAAGUGAAAGUGCCCAUUGACAAGCCUUACCCCGUGUACAAGGAGGUGCCAGUCCCUCUCGUGAAGGAGGUCCCAUACCCAGUCAAGGUCAACUACCCCAUUUACUUCAAGAAAGAGAUUGAACACCACCAGCCACAGCAACAGCACGGAGGUUGGCACUGAGCCGUUUAGUUCCCUUUAGGUCUCACACCCAGUACCUUAUUAGGUUAAGUUGAAAAUGUGAUCUUUAGUAUUUUAGAGUAAUGUCGCAAUAUCUGUUUUGGCGCGUUCGCUCAUGUGUGUAAGGUUGUGACCGUAUACCACGUCUGCCGCAUAGCAUUGGCAUUCAAUGCGCGGUGUGUUCACUUGUAGAUACCCCUUAGAUAGUAAUACGAUCUGUUAUUUGUUUUUAGCUUUUGUGCGCUUUGUUUUUUUUUAUAUAUAUAUAUAUUGAAAAGAAAAUGUAUGAAACUUGGGAGAGUAUUCUGUACUCUGACUUGAGGCUGAUAUAAUAAAAUGAUUAUGAAGUUUUCAUUUGUUUUUUUCUCUUUUGGUUAACGUUGAUAAUUUGAUUCAAAUCCAAGGUAGGUUGGAUCAAGAUAAGAAAAAAAAUAAUUCGGAAUCUGUUAUUAAAGUUUUAUUCGUAAACAUAAAAUAAUAGACAUACUACUGGAUAACAUAAUUCAUUGACCCUUUUAUGAAGAAACUAAAUACACAGGCAUUAAUGAAUCGCCGUUGAACAUGAUGGAAACUUAUACAAAAUAUAUAACGUCUCAUAAGAUAUUAGUUGCAAUCUCAGUUUUAUAUUACAACACAGCGUAUGUAUACGUAAGUAACAGAAAUAGUUACAUCAUCAAAAUUAGGACAAACUCUACGCUUCGAAUUCAUACAAAGUCAUUCAUACAUUAUAAACCUUGAUUGCAUAUUAAUUACAAUAAAAAUACAUAGAUAGCAUCUUAUGGGCGGAUUUAUUCUCUGUCGGUUGUUAAUAUUCGAAGUAAAUAGUACAAUUUGCAGGAGAAUCUGACAGUAUAAUAGAUUUAACCCAAAGAAUUUUAAAUAAGAAUUUUUCUUCUCGAAGCCCAUGCAAAUAUAAUACAUAAUCCUUCC